GCAGAAUUAUUGAUCAAAUAAGAUCUAAGAAGGCCCACAAAUCGAUCUAGCCAUCCUCCUUUCCUAUUCCUGGGACCCUGUAAUAUAUGAUUUUUUAUGCUUACAGGUUACCUGUUCAUGAUCAUAAUCACACAUGUCCAGUCUCUUCACAGGCACUCAACCCAUGGAUACAACGUUCCAAUUUACAGACUUUUUUAUGGAUGAUUCAUUUUCUCUGUGACAAUACUGAGAUACGAACGUGGAGAUGUUCAGAGGCAAGUGUUUCUGUUGGAAGAGGAUCGACAAUUCGUUGCCGCCUGAACCUCACUCCUUCUCUCUACCUGCUCCUCUCCCAGAUUGGCCUCCAGGCCAAGGAUUUGCUUCUGGAAGGAUAAAUCUAGGGGAAAUUGAAGUUGUUAAAGUUUCCAGGUUUGAGUUGGUUUGGAGCUGCAAUCUUUCACAGGACAAGAAGAAAGGUGUUUCAUUCUACAAACCUGUGGGAGUGCCUGAUGGAUUUUGUAGCCUUGGUCACUACUGCCAAUUUAACAAUCGACCCUUGAGAGGUUGUCUUGUAGCUAGGGAGGUUGCUAUUCCUGAGACAGAAGCCAUUAAUUUUGGUGGAUCUGUGAAUUCACCUGCACUUAAAAAGCCCCUUGAUUAUACCUUGGUCUGGUCUUCAUAUGACAUAAAUAAGGAAAACUAUGAUGGAUGUGGUUUCUUCUGGCUAUCCCAACCUCCUGAAGGCUAUAAGCCUUUGGGCUAUUUAGUUACUGAUAACCCAGACAAACCAAGUUUGGAUGAAGUGAGGUGUGUUAGAGCAGACCUGACAGAUGACUGUCAAGCUUAUCGCCCGAUUCUUACUUGCUAUUCUAAAUUUUCAGCUUCUCCAUUUCAAGUUUGGAGCACAAGACCCAGUCAUCGAGGAAUGCUGGGGAAAGGUGUUUCAGUUGGCACAUUUUUCUGCAGUAGCCACUGGACAUCUGGAGAGGAACUAAGUAUUGUGUGCUUGAGGAAUUUAAAUCCUGAACUACACAGCAUGCCAAAUGUUGAACAGAUCCAUGUACUCAUCAAUCACUAUGGGCCAAGAGUUUUCUUUCAUCCUGAUGAGGUCUACUUACCAUCUUCUGUUUCAUGGUUUUUCAAAAAUGGAGCACAGUUAUACAAAGCUGGUGACUCGACUGGCGAACCCAUCGAUGUUGGUGGCUCUAAUUUGCCAGUCGGGGAAAUGAAUGACGAAGCAUUUUGGAUAGACAUGCCUAGUGAUGACCACAGAAACACCGUCAAAUUUGGAAAAUUGGAAAGUGCAAAACUAUAUGUUCAUGUGAAGCCUGCACAUGGUGGGGCUUUCACUGAUAUAGCAAUGUGGUUAUUUUUCCCUUUCAAUGGACCAGCUACUCUUAAGGUUGGACCUGUAAAUGUUGCCCUUACCAAGAUUGGGCAGCAUCUGUGUGACUGGGAGCAUUUCACUCUUCGUGUAUGCAACUGUACUGGUGAGCUAUGGAGUGUGUAUUUCUCUCAGCACAGCGGUGGCAAAUGGAUUGAAGCUUAUGAUUUGGAGUACAUGGAGGGCAACAAACCUAUUGUUUAUUCAUCGAAAAGUGGACAUGCAAGCUAUCCUCAUCCUGGGACUUACAUCCAGGGAUCUGCAAAACUUGGGAUUGGAAUAAGGAACGAUGCGGCUCGUAGUAAUUUAUAUAUAGAUUCAAGCACCCAUUAUGAAAUUAUUGCAGCAGAGUGUAUAGGAGGUGGCAAUUUCAUUGAGCCUAUUUGGUUGCAAUAUAUGAGGAAGUGGGGUCCAAGAAUUGUCUACAAAUCAAGGAAUCAAAUCAUUAACCGUUUGUCCAUGAUGCUUAGAUAUCCUGUGGAAAACAUAUUUUUUAAGCUUCCAGGGGAGCUUCAUGGGGAAGAAGGUCCUACUGGACCCAAGGAAAAGAAUAACUGGGUGGGAGAUGAAAGAGGGUAGGUUUGUUCUUUCACUGCUCAUGUUACACAGUUAGGGAAUCAUUGAAUUCCACGGUGUGUAUAAUAUAUGUACAUGUCUCAUUCUUGUAUAGGAAUGUUUAUGAUAUGAGUGCAUUGGUUUCCUUCUAGCUAAUGGUCUUUCUGAUAGGAAAAAGAAGGUAGCAAAUUAUGUAUGGUUGCUGGAUAGUAUAUGGAAGCUGAAGAAGAUCCUUGGAUAGCCAUUUAUUUAUCUAGUUGCUGGUUUUUCAGCCCCAUUAGUGAUUUUAGUCAUAUGUGUAUGUCUUCACUUGUAACAUAGUUGUUGGGAAGGCAAAAGAAAUGAAUUUUAUUUAACUUUA